AUGGGUGACUGGAGCUUCCUGGGACGGCUGUUGGAAAAUGCACAAGAACACUCAACGGUCAUCGGCAAGGUCUGGUUGACCGUCCUCUUCAUCUUCAGGAUCCUCGUUUUAGGUGCAGCCGCUGAGGAAGUGUGGGGUGAUGAGCAGUCCGACUUCACCUGUAACACUCAGCAACCUGGUUGUGAAAAUGUCUGCUAUGAUGAGGCCUUUCCCAUCUCACACAUCCGUUUCUGGGUGCUGCAAAUCAUUUUUGUGUCCACGCCCACCCUCAUCUAUUUGGGCCAUGUGCUUCACAUUGUCCGCAUGGAGGAGAAACGCAAGGAAAAGGAGGAAGAGCUGCGCAAGGCCAGUAGAUUUCAGGAGGAAAAAGACCUCUACAGGAAUGGAGGUGCAGGAGGAGCUGGGGAUGGGGGUGGUGGUGGAAAAAAGGAAAAACCUCCAAUCCGAGAUGAGCAUGGCAAAAUACGGAUCAGGGGGGCUCUGCUGCGUACCUAUGUGUUCAAUAUCAUCUUCAAAACACUGUUUGAAAUUGGCUUUAUCGUGGGGCAGUAUUUCCUCUAUGGGUUUCAACUACGACCCCUUUACAAGUGUGCAAGAUGGCCUUGCCCAAAUAUAGUGGACUGUUUCAUCUCAAGGCCCACAGAAAAGACCAUCUUCAUUAUUUUCAUGCUUGCAGUGGCUGGCGUGUCCCUUUUGUUAAACCUUUUAGAAAUUUACCAUCUGGGUUGGAAGAAGGUCAAGCAGGGCAUGACCAAUGAGUAUGUGCCUGAGCGAGAGAGUCUACAUAACACAGCUGAUGAGUCUGCGGGGCCAGAUGACAUGACGAUCCUCCCUGCGGACAGCUCUGCCCCUCCCAUCCUCAGCUAUCCACCCAACCUCGCAGACACAACAAUGCUGGGCAACAGCACAUUCCAAACACCAGCACAGACCAUGGCUGUGGUGUCCACCCCUGAAGCAGAUGAUAAAAUCAACUCUCUCUCCGAAGCCCUCCCAUCCUCUCUCUACAGCAGCAACAACAGCAACAACUACAUGCUUUCUAUGCAGCAGAACUGGGCUAACAUGUCAAAAGAGCUACAAAGUAGUGAGAUUAAGGCCAUCUCACCAUGCCUCUCCUCCUCAUCGUCAUCAUCUUCCCUAAGCAAUAUAACACUGCCCAAAGAUUCAGUCCUACCUUCGUCAGUCUGCAUGGCUGGUUUCAACAGAGGUGAUUACGUUGAUGGGAAGAGAGAACACGACGUGGGCCAUGACAUCACCACAACUGUGGAGAUGCAUGAACCACCAGUUGCAAUGCCCACAGAUGUCCGCAGAUUGAGCAGAGCAAGCAAGACAAGCAGCAUCAGAAAUAGGCCUGAUGACCUAGCAGUCUAA